AUGGCUCCAGUCCCUGAUUCUCGUCCUAUCGUUAUCUCCGGCCCCUCCGGCGUCGGAAAGGGAACUCUCUACGGCCGCUUGUUCCAAAACCACCCCGACACAUUCACUCUUUCCGUUUCGCACACCACACGUGGCCCCCGCCCCGGUGAGACCGAUGGUGUCCACUACCACUUCGUAACAAAGGAGGCGUUCGAGGCGCUCAAGGCAGCUGAUGGGUUCGUCGAGAGCGCCAAGUUUGGCGACAACUACUACGGUACCUCAAAGCAGACGAUCGAAGAGCAAAAGGCCAAGGGCAAGGUCACCGUGCUUGAUAUCGAGGUCGAAGGCGUGAAGCAGAUCCAGGCGCAAAACUACCCCGCGCGGUAUGUCUUCAUUGCGCCGCCUAACGAGCAGGCGCUGGAGCAGAGACUGAGAGGGAGAGGCACCGAGAGCGAGGAGAGCAUCCAGAAGAGGCUAAAGCAGGCCAAGGUUGAGCUCGAGUAUGCCAAAGUGCCGGGAGUGCAUGAGAAGAUCAUUGUCAACGAUGAUCUGGAAAAGGCGUACAAGGAGCUGGAGGAGUUUGUCUUUGCGGAAUCCAAGGCGUAA